AUGGCAGAAGACAACCACGAGUGCGGAAAACGCAGGAGGCAAGACGGCAACGUCGAUGGCCUUGGUCUCACUGCCGGAAUCGGGAUGAAGAUGCUGAAGAACAUGGGCUACAAAGGAGGCGGUCUUGGCAAGAACGAACAGGGAAUGCUCAACCCCAUUCAACCCAAAUUGAGGCCAAAGAAUUUAGGCAUGGGUUUCCACGAUUACAAGGACACCAAAACCGACCUACCCAAUUCGCAAGAAGCAUUUGUUGAGGUCCAAAAGCCUCCACUCGCCAAGACUGACAUGCCAAUUUGGAAGAAGAACGUUAUUAACAAGCAGCACAAGGAUUUCUGUUUGGCGGAGUUCUUGGCCCAGAAGAUGGAACAAGAACAGGGUGUUGUUGUUGAUGAGCUUUCCAAUUUGGACAAUGAGAUUAAUGCUGUUUUGAACCGACUGAAGGAAGCAAAUUACAUGGGAGAAUUGACAUUGGAAUCGCUGGCCGAUGAGUUUGGUGACAUUCGGAGGAGGUACACUGACGAUUGUAAGUUACUUGACUUGUCUCGAAUUGUGUUUUCAUUUGCAAAGCCUUUGUUUAACGAGAUGUUUCAGGGUUGGGAUCCUCUGCAGAAUCCUUGGCUUGGUUUCGACAUUGUGUCCGCCUGGAAGGGUUUGCUGCAUGAAGAGAAAUGUUAUUAUACCGAGUUAAUUAGAGAGAUUGUGUUAUCUGAAGUGAGGAUGACUGGCCUCAAUAGUUGGCAGGCUGAGGAGCCUGAACCGAUGCUCGCGUUUUUGGAGGCCUGGAAGGAGUUGCUGCCCGGUUCUGUUGUUCAUGACAUAUUGGAUAUGGUGGUCUUGCCUGAAUUGAGGGUUUCUAUACAGUUGUGGGAACCAAACUUGGGAAGUGUUCCUAUCCAUUUGUGGGUGCAUCCAUGGCUGCCAUUACUGUUUGAGUUGGGAAAUGAGUAUCAAUUGGAGUUGGAGGAGUUGUUUGGAACAAUGAGGUUGAAGUUGUGUAACUUUCUUAGCUCAUGGCACCCGAGUGAUGGGUAUGGUUAUAACAUAGCGUCACCGUGGAAAGCAGUGUUUGAUUCUACCACUUGGGAGUUGCUUAUGUUUAGAUAUGUAGUUCCCAAGUUGGAGCUGGUGCUACUAGAAGAUUUUGAAGUGAACCCUGCCAAUCAGAAGCUUGAUCAGUUUAAUUGGGUCAUGAGGUGGGCGUCUGCUAUUCCUAUGCAUCUGAUGGUCAAUGUGAUGGUGAAGGGUUUCUUCCCAAAGUGGAUAGAGGGUUUGCAUUUAUGGUUGAAAACCAAUCCAAAGUUUGAAGAUGUUGCCAAUUGGUAUAGGGAUUGGAAGGAACUUAUCCCUAAAGAGUUUUAUGCGAAUGAAAGUAUUGGUCGUCAGCUUGAGUUUGGUCUUGGUAUGAUGAACCAGGCUGUUGAGGAGAUGGAGGUUGCCCGACCUGGUUUGGAAGAGAAGUCUAGGGUAGCUGGAAAAAGGCAGGAUAAAGCAGUACCAGCAACCCAAACAAACUUGGAGGCCCAAACCAACAUGGAUGACAUUGAUCAUGAGUUGAAUUUGAAAGAGAAGGGUAAGAUUGAUCAAGUGCAAUUUGAGGCAAAGAAGAGAGCAGUAGCUUUUUUAGCCAAUGCGAAAUUGGGCAGCACAACUGAUGUGGAUGACAUUAGUCAUCAAAUGACCCUGAAAGAUGUUAUUGAAGCAGAAGCACAGGAACAUGGCUUGCUAUUUAGGCCUAAACCUGGGCGAAUGUAUGAUGGUCACCAGGUAUAUGGGUUUGGUAGCGUAAGCAUAAUGGUGGACUUUCGAAAAGAAAAGAUAUAUGCUCAAACAGAAGAGACUUGGUCUCUUGUGUCCCUUGAGAGGCUACUUGAGUUGCACAAGAACAAGGAGACGAUGAGUUCCCGAAUGAGGCCUCUACACACUUGAUGGAAUAGGAGGAACUCAGUUUUUGUCAAUACCAGCAUUUGUUAAGAGUCGCUCGUUUAUCAUGGUGGUGUAAAACAUACAUAAUAUGAUAAAGGUUUAAUAAUUUCAUAUGAUUUUGGAUUAUUUGUGCCCUGCCUCUGGCAAAUACAUGAGAAUUGAUCAACUGUUUACUUUAGUUUCUUGAUAGUUGAUGAAACAUGAUGGCCUUUGUUGGAUCCUGUUGCUGAAACUUCUGCCAUUUUUCUGUUCAUAACAUGUGGAAUUGGAUUGUUCAUGUGUCGGAAUAACACUAUACUGGCCUGCUUUACUGUUAGACUAUCAAGAAGCUUGAUUUUGGCCCUCUAUUGAAGCUCCUUUCUGUUGCGGUCCUUGAUGAGCAGCUUCAAUGUCCAAUCCCCUGUGCAAACAAGCUGCUACUGGGUGAUAAAUUAACUAUCUGGCUCAAAUUUUUGCUUUGGAUUAUUCAUACGAAUGCAUGCACUUAUGCAGGUUCUUUUGAAGCGGCUCUGGUAGAUGCAUCUGUUAAUAGAGAACCUCUGGUAAGGUUUUCUGUCAACUUCUGCUCACCCUUUCUCUCAAAUGAUGCUGAACAGCUGAAGCCUGUAAAUGGAGUCCGAUAGGGGCCAUUAGCAUUUCUCUAAGAUUGAGAACUUCAAUAGGCCACGUUUUAAGGCAAAAUGCUUACAAUUCUGCAUGGGUGCAGAA